UUGGUGUUCAGUCCGCCAAGAAAACACGAUCCCGCCGACACCAUGUCCCGCAAGAUGAAGCGCUCGGUGGUCAAGUCACAGCACGAACUGGAGAUUCGUCGAGCGAAGGAGGCGAAGGAGAAGCUCGCCAAGAAGCGCGAGAACCGGAAAGCGACGCAAGCCAAGACGGGCGUGAAGAAGCUGUCGUCCAAGGUCUUGCGCCGCAUCAAAGCGCGCAAGGAACAGAAUGGCGACGACGAGAGCGACAAGGACGAAGGCGAAGAAACCAUCAUGGAAACGGAGUAACUUGGUCUCGAGUUGUCUAUAUAUUACGAUACCCCAUCCUCAGCCCGACGUCUUGAAGGGACAGUCACAACCGAUCGAGGCACUUCGACAUGUACUUGUCCAUGUCGUCGACUUCCUCGAGCGUCUCCUUGAUAAUGUCGUACACCAUCGCGUGCCA